AUAUCACAAUGAAAAGAAUUGAGUGUUAAAAGAAAAAAAAUAAUAAAGUUAUGUCCAGCUCAAGAAGUCCAAGAGGAUCCAAUAGAGUAAGAACUGGACGAGGAUUCUCAUCAAUAAUAUCAUCUAUUCGCGGACCCUAUACUUUUGAUGCUAAUGUAUAUCAACAAAAAAAAACAUUAGCAGAAGGAAUGAUGGAUCUAGCCUUGAUGUCUGCUAAUGCAAAUCAAUUACGAUAUGUGCUUACUGCAAAAGAAGACAUUUAUCGAUAUAUUUCGUUAAUUUUAAUUUCUUUAAGUUUUGUACUUCAAGUUAUUAUUGGCAUCGGUUUAAUUUGGAAUAUCAAGUAUGAUAUAAGUCAAGAAGAACACACUGAAAAAGCUAAUAAAACUAAUAACUGGACAAUAAUUGGUAUUUUUAUGAUAACUGUAUUAAAUGUUGUUAUAUCUUCUUUUGGUAUCUCUCCAGCAGAUUGUCUGCAACUGUCUAAUAAUCCUGAAUUAUCCAUCAACCGAUAUGAUUAAAACGUUAUUGGAUCUAAAAUAUAUUGAAAAAAUAGCAAUAUAACAUUAUUAGAAUUUAUU